CCGUGGGGGCUGCGGCGGCGGCGGCGGCGGCGGCGGCGGCAUGGCGAGCUGCCGGCGGCUGAGCGGCGCGGCGCUGCGGGAGGUGCUGGGCCCGGCGCAGGGCUUGCUCUUCGACUGCGACGGCGUCCUGUGGGCCGGCGAACGCGCCGUCCCCGGAGCCCCCGAGCUGCUGGAGCGGCUGCGGCGCAGCGGCAAGGCCGCCCUCUUCGUCAGCAACAACAGCCGCCGCUCGGUGGCCGAGCUGGAGCGGCGCUUCAGCCGCUUGGGUUUCCGCGGCGUCCGCGCCGAGCAGGUCUUCAGCUCCGCGCUCUGCUCCGCGCUUUUCCUCCGCCAGCGCCUCCUGGGCGGCGGGGGGAACGGGAGCGGGGACGGAGCCGGCCGCGUCUUCGUGUUGGGCGGCGAGGGGCUGCGCGGCGAGGUCCGCGACGCCGGGCUGAGCUUGGCCGGCGAAGGUGAAGCGGCCCUCGGCCCUGCCGAGCCGGUGCGGGCCGUCCUGGUGGGCUACGACGACCAGUUCACCUUCGCCAAGCUGUCGCAGGCCUGCGGCUACCUGCGCGACCCGCAGUGCCUCCUGGUGGCCACCGACCCCGACCCCUGGCACCCGCUCAGCGACGGCCAGCGAACCCCCGGGACUGGCAGCCUCACAGCUGCGGUGGAAACAGCUUCGGGCCGCAAGGCGCUGGUGGUGGGCAAGCCCAACACCUACAUGUUUGAUUGCAUCGUGGAGCGUUUCGGCGUUGACCCAUCCCGCACCCUGAUGGUGGGAGAUCGUCUGGAGACAGACAUCCUCUUUGGCAAGAACUGCGGCCUCUCCACCAUCCUCACCCUGACGGGUGUCUCUCGCCUGGAAGAAGCAGAGGCCUACAUGGCCAGCGACAGCGCCGCUGCCAAGGAUCUGGUGCCCAAUUACUAUGUGGACAGCAUUGCAGACUUGAUACCGGGCCUGGAUGAGUAGCAGUCUGUACGUGUGAGGGCAGGAGCGCCGGAUUCCCCAUCCCAGAUCUCCAUCUGUUCCCAUUUCUCUCUCACUGCCCUAGUCCCUCAAUUCCUGGUUUCUUCACAUUCCAUCGCCCUUCUUUGGGGGCAAAAUGAGGGGGGGUUGGCAGGAGGGAUCAGGAUUCAAGUUGUCUCCUUUCUGCUGAGAGCUAUCCAUGAUGAACAGAGUCCUUAUCUUCCUCAUGCCAGCAGCCAGCAUCUCUGAGAGGGAACUAGUGGUCUUGAGUCUGACAGGGGGGUCAAAUCAUGUGCCUGUAUGGCCUCUCCCCCUGCAAGAGUUAGGGACUAGCUGUUUUACAAUUACUUUUCUCUUAGAUAACCAGUGGCGGCCUUGUACUGCUGUCCCUUCACUCAGUCUGGUGUAACUCUAGACUUCUGCAUCCCUCCAGUCCUUGUGGUUACCCCUUCCUUAGCAGGAGACCAGCUGGUGGUGUCCCCUCUACACUUCGGUCUCCAUCAGUGCCAUGGUGUGUGGAAGCUCUGGAGUGAUGAAUGAGAAGUAUCACUGCCUCCCACAAGUGAAAGGGACCAUUGCCUCAUCUCUUAUCUCCCCUGUUCCUUAGAGAUGUUUCCCCCUCCCACCCUCUACCCUGACUCAGUUAAUAACUAUGCCAGUGUCCAUCUGAAGGACUAUAGAAGGAGAAGAGACUGGUCUGAGGGUUUGGGGCUUGUUUUGGUGCCAAACAGACAAGUUGUGACUGCACACAGUGGUUCUGUGAUUGUACCUGGUUUUCAAGUGCCCUUUCAGAAGGGGCUUGUGAAGGGGAGAGGGCUCCUAGAUCAAAAGAGCACAGCAGUAGAGAGCUGUACAACUCUCCCCUGUUCUCACUCCUCAGUGGAUUUUGCCACAGUACUGUGAGAGAAAAAAGGCUGGUGGGGGUCUAUGCUCCAGCUGCUGGUGUGCAGGUGAGGUGUUGGUAUUGUCACUGCUGUGAAUGUGUCGCAGCCCUCAGUAUCAUUCCUUGCUGCUUUGUAUUUCUACAUUGUUUUUUUUUUAAUUUCUUGAUAUUAUUUAUGAAACUUAUUUAUUGUUCAAAUACUGUAUUAUUUGUAUAAACUAUGCUGACUGGUUUCACCAAGGGGAUGGGGGGGGAGGAGGGAGGCAGUGCCUUCGGGCCUCCCUUCCUGUCCGUGUCCCAUGUUGAUGUUCUUACACUCACCGUGUCUCUAUAUAAUAAAGUGUGAGCGUGGGCUGGAA